AUGAGUCCGCUGAACGGCGUCGCUCGCUCUCUUCCCCGGCCUCUCAAGGCUGCGGCCAGGCGACCUUUCCGACUCGUCCAGCCGUCCAUAUCCUCCCCGUCAAACCGCCGGUCAUUCAAUCAUUGCCGCUCAUUACGAUCAGCGACCUCGAAUUCCCCCGCUCCGUCCCCUCGAGACUCUUCAAACCCCGCGCUGUCCUUCCCCUGUCUCGAUGCCCAGGAAGCAAAGUCCGCUCUUCUUUCUUCGCGGUCCCUGGGCUCUGGGCCCGAGCCUUCCUACACUGCCGGCCACCACGAGCAAUUCCACUCAGACCAACCGCUGCUCCUCGACUGGGGCGGCUUGCUUCCAGAAUUUGAUAUCGCAUAUGAAACAUGGGGUCAAUUGAACACGAACAAGGAUAACGUGAUUCUGCUGCACACCGGCCUCUCCGCCUCCAGCCAUGCGCACAGCACUGAGGCGAACCCGAAGCCUGGAUGGUGGGAGAAAUUCAUAGGCCCCGGGAAGACGUUGGACACGGACAAGUACUUUGUGAUUUGCACAAACGUUCUUGGCGGAUGCUACGGCAGCACGGGGCCGUCAACGGUUGACCCGUCAGACGGGAAGAAAUACGCUACACGGUUCCCAAUCUUGACGAUCGAAGACAUGGUCCGGGCGCAGUUCCGUCUGCUGGACCACCUUGGGGUUCAAAAGCUCUACGCAUCAGUCGGCUCCAGCAUGGGCGGCAUGCAGAGUCUUGCGGCCGGUGUUCUCUUCCCAGAGCGAGUCGGCAAAAUUGUAUCGAUCAGCGGAUGUGCUCGAAGCCAUCCGUACAGCAUCGCGAUGCGACAUACCCAGCGGCAGGUAUUGAUGAUGGAUCCGAACUGGGCCCGAGGCUUCUACUACGAUUCGAUUCCUCCUCAUUCCGGCAUGAAGCUCGCCCGAGAGAUUGCAACCGUGACAUAUCGCAGUGGACCGGAAUGGGAGAAACGCUUUGGGCGGAAACGUGCCGAUCCGAGCAAGCAGCCUGCGCUGUGUCCCGACUUCCUCAUUGAAACUUACCUUGACCACGCCGGCGAGAAGUUCUGUUUGGAAUACGAUGCCAACAGCCUGCUCUACAUUUCCAAGGCAAUGGACCUCUUUGACCUUGGUUUGGGUCAACAGCUUGCGACGAAGAAACAGCGGGCGGAAUCCCAAGCAAAGAUCAGCAGCGGAGCUAACAGUGUUAACGACGCCUCGUGCAGUCUCACGCUCCCGGACCAGCCAUAUCAGGAGCAGCCACCAGCUUCGACGUCAUCUUCCGAGCAAUCCGGCCAGGACGCGACUUCGGAGCCAGACUCACCCCCCAAAGACCUUGUUGCCGGGCUUGCACCCUUGAAGGAUCAUGAAGUGCUUGUGAUUGGGGUUGCAAGCGAUAUCCUCUUCCCCGCCUGGCAGCAGCGUGAGAUUGCACAAACUCUUGUGCAAGCAGGGAACAAGCAUGUUGAGCAUGUUGAGCUUGGCAAUGACCUGUCUCUCUUUGGGCACGACACAUUCCUCCUUGAUGUUAAGAAUGUCGGAGGUGCAGUACAUAAGUUCCUGAACUAG